AUGGGAGGAGGUGAAAAGGCCAUCCACAGGCAUGUCCUAAAGCAAAAGAAAAUGCUGGUCAAUGAUAGAAUAAAGUGUUUACUAGACAGUGAUUCACGGUUUUUAGAACUAUCUGUUAUUGGUGGAAUGGGAAUGAAAUAUGGUGAUGUACCAAGAACUGGCAUAGUCACAGGUAUUGGUAAAGUUUGUAGUAAAUACUGUAUGAUUAUAGCUAAUGAUGCAACAGUAAAAGGUGGUUCUGUUUAUCCUAUAACAUUAAAGAAACAACUGCGAGCCCAAGAAAUAGCUCAACAGAAUGGUCUGCCAUGUUUUUAUAUUGUGGAAUCAGGUGGAGCUUUUUUACCCCUUCAGGCAGAGAUAUUUAAUCCUGGUGGUCAGACAUUUUAUAAUGAAGCUAUAAUGUCUUCUCUUAAUAUACCUCAAUUAGCUAUAGUAUGUGGAAGUUGUACAGCUGGAGGUGCAUACAUUCCUACCAUGGCUCAAGAAGCAGUUAUAGUACACAAAUCUGGUACCAUUUUUCUAGGUGGUCCACCAUUAGUCAAAGCUGCUCUAGGUGAAAUAGUGAGUGCUGAAGAACUUGGUGGUGCUACAUUACAUUGCAGUACAAGUGGGUAUACAGAUUAUUUUGCUGAAAAUGAAAAAGAAGCUCUAAGAAUGGGAAGAGAUAUAAUGGAAAGUUUAAAUAUUGAUGAUAAAUCUAUUAGUGGAAGACAGAAAGAUGUGAUAGAACCACAAUAUGAUAUAAAUGAUAUACCAGGUUUUAUAUCUGAUGAUAAUAAUAUAGACAUUUAUCAGGUAAUAGCUAGGAUAGUUGAUGACAGUAGAUACCAUGAAUUUAAAAAGAUGUAUGGUACAACAUUGAAAUGUGGAUUCUCUUAUUUAAAUGGUUAUUUAGUAGGUAUUAUUGGAAAUCAGGGACCAGUAACAGAAGAAGCAGCCUUAAAAGGCAGCCAUUUUGUACAAUUGUGUAGUGAAAGGAAUAUUUCAUUAAUAUUUCUACAAAAUACACCUUUAACUGAUGAACAUAGUUUCGAAUCAUACAGUUUAUUAAAAGCUCAGGGCAAAUUGAUGGCAGCAGUAUCCUGUUCCAUGGUGCCAAAAAUAACAGUUAAAAUAGGCAAUUGUUAUGGUUCAACUCAUUAUAUGAUGGGAGGAAAAUGCAUGAGUCCUAAUUUUAUUUUUAGUUGGCCAAAUUCUUCUCUGGGUUUAAUGAAUCCAGAAAUGUUGGCUCAAGAAUUGCUUAAGGUAGGGAUUUAA